UAGGAGGUCCCCUCACUCUGAUGCCGGUAUAGGAGGUCCCCUCAUCCUAAUGCAAGUAUAGGGCCAUCCUAUACUUCUAGGUAAGACCAUCGGGGAACUGGGGCUCAGCAAAUGACAGGAAAACAUACUGGCUAAGUGCAGCAGUGUCCUGGGGUUGUCACCUCUCUGUGUCCUUUCUGUGUCCUCUGGAUUCUUGCUGGCAGGACAGAUACACUCAGACAUAGAGGCAGAAUAAAGUGGUGUAGUAGAGCUCGGCCACCCCCUGCUGAGGACACAGAGUCCCAUCUAGGGCUAGCAGUAACACAAUGUCCCACCAUGCUGCUCAAUAUUCAGCUGGGGUGUCCCUUCUGUUGGCCCUGCCUACACAGUUCCUGGGUAGGUGAGGCAACAGAAGGUGUACCUAGGUGGCAUUGGUUAGAGACAGUCUGGGAGGGAAGGGCCAGGGUUCAUUGAGGCUGAGUGCUGGUAUCACUGCCAUGGACUGCCUGCUGUGGGGUACCUGUGCCCUCUGCUUGCUGAACCUGUUGGGAGUUGCGCAGGGUCACCUCCACCCAGAAUGUGACUUCAUUACUCAGCUGAGAGAGGAUGAGCUUGCAUGUCUUCAGGUGGCAGAGGGGACCAACAACACCUCCCUGGGCUGCCCCGGGACCUGGGAUGGGCUGCUGUGCUGGCCCCCAACAGGCUCUGGCCAGUGGGUGGCCCUCCCUUGCCCUGACUUCUUCUCUCACUUCAGCUCAGAGGCAGGGGAUGUGAAGAGGGACUGCACCAUCACUGGCUGGUCUGAUCCCUUCCCACCAUACCCUGUGGCCUGCCCUGUGCCCUUGGAGCUGCUAACCGAGGAGCAAUCUUACUUCUCCACGGUGAAGAUCAUCUACACCACCGGCCACAGCAUCUCCAUUGUCGCCCUCUGCAUGGCUAUUGCCGUCCUGGUUACCCUCAGGAGGCUCCACUGCCCUCGGAACUACAUCCACAUGCAGCUGUUCGCCACUUUCAUCCUCAAGGCCAGCGCUGUGUUCCUGAAGGAUGCUGCCCUCUUCCAGGGCGAUAGCACGAACCACUGCGGCUUGUCCACUAUCCUGUGCAAGGUCUCUGUGGCCAUCUCCCACUUUGCCACCAUGACCAACUUCAGCUGGCUGCUGGCAGAAGCUGUCUACCUGAGCUGCCUAUUGGCCUCCACAUCCCCCAGGUCCCAACCGGCUUUCUGGUGGCUGGUUCUUGCUGGCUGGGGGAUCCCUGUGCUAUGCACUGGUACAUGGGUGGGCUGCAAACUGGCUUUCGAGGACACCGCGUGCUGGGACCUAGACGACAGCUCCCCCUACUGGUGGAUCAUCAAAGGGCCCAUAGUCCUCUCUGUUGGGGUGAACUUUGGGCUGUUUCUCAAUAUCAUUUGUAUCCUGCUGAGGAAACUGGAGCCUUCACAGGGUGGUCUCCACACUCGGGCUCAGUACUGGCGGCUUUCCAAGUCAACACUUCUCCUUAUCCCACUGUUUGGAAUUCAUUACAUCAUCUUCAACUUCCUGCCUGACAGUGCUGGCCUUGGCAUUCGCCUACCCCUGGAGCUGGGACUGGGCUCCUUCCAGGGCUUCAUUGUUGCUGUCCUCUACUGCUUCCUCAACCAAGAGGUGAGGACGGAGAUCUCACGCAAAUGGUAUGGCCAUGACCCUGAACUUCUGCCAGCACGUCGGACCUGCACCGAGUGGACCACGCCUCCCCGACCGAGAGUGAAGAAGGUGCUGACCUCAGAGUGCUAGGCCAGCCAUCCCCAGGGGCUGAGCCCCAUUCCCUGUACUCAACCUGCCAUGCCACUGUGGGCAAGGAGGUCCCCACUCCUGCUCUUUGCAUCUUCUUUCCCCCAGGUGCCUGUUUGUCAACCUCUGACUUUCUCAGCUCCCGUCUCUGCCCCCAUCUGUUCUUUCCUCCCAUCCAGGGCUAUUGCCCAAGGCCCAGAGAAACCAAUAAACUUGUACGUGAAUGA